AUGGCAACUGAGUUUUUACAGGAUGUUCCUGCUGAAUUAAGAACAAAAAUAGAGAAGAUUAUAUCUAUUUUACCAGAUUCUAGUAAUAUAUUUAAAGAAUUAUACGAUUUUGCAUUAACUAAAGGGGAGACUUUAGAGAGGAAGAAACCUAAUACUAGCACACCUGAAAAUGAAAAGAUAGAUUCAUCAGAUAUAAUAUUCAAAUUAGAUAAUGCAUCCGUAUUGUCACCUUUGAGGAAAAAAUUAGAUUUUGUGUUUCAUCUAUCUCCAAAGGAUAAGCAACCAAUGAUAUCGUUAUUGAAAAAUGGUAAAUCUGAAUUUAGUAUAAAAGAUUUAAAAACGAAUAUAAAAAUGGCAACCUUUUUACCAGUACCUGAAAAGAAAAAUAUUGUUUACCUUUUUCUAGAAUGUAGAUCUUCUAGUAAUCCAAAUCAACAAGAACCUAUAUUGAUGACGUUGAAUAGAACUACUACUUUAGAACAAUUUUGUAAAAUGGGUAUAUUACCAAAUAAUGAAAAUGAUUUUAAGAAAUGUAAGGAUUACAUGAGAAAACAAGCAAUAUUGACAGGUUUUAGAAUUAUUGAUCCAUUUUCUAACAACAAUACUCAGGGCCAAUUGAAAUCAUUCCAUGUUGAAUGUCAUAGAGGAACUAAAGAAGGUACGCUUUACUUUUUACCUGAUCACAUCUUAUUUGGAUUUAAGAAGCCUAUAUUACUGUUUCAAUCUACAGAUAUUGCGUCUAUUACAUAUUCUUCUAUUACAAGAUUAACUUUUAACAUGACACUUAUUACAAAUGAUGAACAAAAAUUUGAAUUUUCAAUGAUCGAUCAAGCAGAAUAUGCUACAAUUGAUGAAUAUGUCAAAGUAAAACAAGUUACCGAUAAGUCAAUGAGUGAAGAAUUAAAAGCAAAGAAAUUAAAAAAUGCACAACAGUCAAGUGCUGAUGAAUCGGUAUUAAAAGAAGCAGCUUCAGAAAUAGAUAAUGCACAAGGAACCAAUAUCCAAAAUCUACCAGAUGAUUCUGAUGAUGAAGAGAAUGAUCAAAAUUUUGAAGCAGAAAGUGAUCUUUCGGAUGGUAGUGACCAUGGUGAAGAAGAUGACGAUGACGAAAAUGAUGGAGAACAGGCAGAGGAAGUUGCUGAUGAGGAAGAAGAUUUAGAUGAGUUAGAAGAAAUACAACCGUCAGUUGAAGAGAUUUCGCAAUCAAAUCUGCAAUUGAAUUAUGCUACAGCUGAAGAAACAAAUACAAUUGAAGAUACGAUUGAUAAUGUGAAUAUGGGAUCCUUAGAAGAUAUAAUGGUUGAUGUGGAUGAUGGAGACGAUGAUGAUGAAGAUGAUUCGGGUGUCGAAUAUGACUAA